CGGAGAAACAAAGUUUAUUACAUUCAUCAGAUUACUGAUAAUUAACGAGCUGGAAAGUUUGAUAUUCGAGGCACUCGACUUGUUUAUUUCUCCGUAGUUUUUCCAGCUCUACGGUUAAAUGACGGGAUAUUUGUCCUUCACCUGAAAUUGAUUAUUGAUUAACGUAUAUUUCGUGUGCGUUUGUGCCAUCGGUUGUACAUUGCAGAUGCUGCAGUGGCUGACUAGAGCCUUCAGUGCUGGCGGAGUCAGAAUGGCAAGUAUAACGGGAUCAGCCAGCAAAUUCCAGGAACCCAGCAUUCCAACGGAGACAGCCACAUUUGCGAUGGGCUGUUUUUGGGCACCGGAGCCUAUAUUUGGCGGAAAAAAGGGAGUUAUCCGCACCAAAGUGGGGUAUACGGGAGGAACCAAAGUUAAUCCCACUUAUCGCAGCCUCGGCGAUCACACCGAAGCCAUCCAAAUCGAAUACGACCCAACGCAGACCGAUUAUAAGGCGAUGCUGGAUGUAUUCUGGACGGAACACGAUCCCACCUCCAAACAUAAAGCGCAGUAUAAAUCGGCCAUUUAUUACCACAACGAGCUACAGCACCAGCUGGCCGAGCAGACAAAGGCGGAAUAUCAGAAGAAAUUCAACCGACCCAUCGUCACAGACAUUGAGCCAUUUGGGACGUUUUAUGAUGCUGAAAACUACCAUCAGAAGUACCAUUUACGGGAACACGUCUCGCUGUAUAACAGCUUCAACCUGUCGGAUUCGGAACUUAUCCGUUCGCAUGUGGCAACCCGCAUCCACGGCUACCUGUACGGCUACGGCGCGAAGGAGAACUUUGACAAGGAUGCCCGUGACUGGCAGUUGUCGGAAUCACAGAUUGAGUACAUCAAGAAACAGCUGGCUCAUCCCCGGCCCAUUGAGUGUGGAUUGUGAAUUAUGUGAUAACGGGCGAUUUUAUUUUGUUUCUACCUUUGACCGCUUGAUUUUUGUUAAAUUUUAACCGUUUUAACCGUUUGUUAUUAAUCGUAUGACGUAUCGUAUAGGUAUAUGUAUCGUAUUACCGUAUUUACAGUUUUUGCGUAUCGUCUACGCUUUACUUCCCGGAAGAUUAGAAGAUGAUUUAGAUUAAAGAUUUGGUUGUGGAAUUAUUAUUUCUUUAUUUUAUAUGCUACAUUACUACAAAGUGCGAUGAUAAUGCGAACAUCAAUUAAAGAGCGUUUUUCUG